GGUUCUUCAGCAAGAAGUGGUUCGAAAGCAGAGCAAAUUAGAAUAAAUGGCUGAUUGGGGGCCUGUGGUGAUAGCAGUAGUUCUGUUCGUGCUGUUGACGCCGGGGCUACUGUUCCAGCUACCCGGGAAUAGCAGGGUGGUGGAGUUUGGAAAUAUGCAGACAAGUGGGGUCUCCAUUUUUGUUCAUACCAUUCUCUACUUCGGCCUCAUCACCAUUUUCCUCAUCGCCAUUGGAGUUCACAUCACCACAGGAUAGGAUACUCACCUCUUUGAUUCA